AUGAAGUUGAUCUUUCUUUGCUUUGUUGUUGCGUUCUGUAAUGAGAAAACAUAUGGUGAAGAAUUCUUCUUGGAUGAGUCUCUUGAAGGUAGUGUCAUGGAGUACUUUUCUGGAGAUGACGGUUGCCACUGUGAGCUGAACGAAUGCAGCUGUUGUAAAACCCUGAGUUUGCCAGUGGUUCAGAUAUCCAAAGAAGUUUGUAUAAGACUGGAGUUCAAGAACGCUGAAAACGCAUUUUACGUCAAGUUUACGCUUGAUGGAAGUGAGAUCUUUGACAGAAAAGUCCAAGGAAAGAACCCAAGGCCACUCUGUGUUAACAUUCCACUCUUGAAGCAUCUGGUCAAUGUAUGCAUCGAACUCGCAGACAUCAAGAUGGACACCACCGGACUACAGGGUUGUGUUAAUCUUGUUGCGUCUGCUAUUGUGGAGAAGAAGUUUCAAAUAGGCUGCUUUAAAAUGCCGACAGCUUUUCUAAUAGACGAUGAUGACGUUUUGGUGUUUGAGCGCAAAAUUGAGAUCAGAAAUUAA